CCUCAGUCCUCUGUGUGCGCCGCAGGAUCCGGACCUUCACUGGAGGAAUGUGUGGCAAAAUCCGGCUUCCGUCUGGAUUUUCAAAGGAGGGAAUUAUCUUUUAAAAAGUGCGUUUUUUUUUAUUCCCCUCUGUAGCAUGAAAACUCCCUCCCGGAUCUGAAAUGUCUCAGCAGCAGAGGGUCGUCCAGCUCUCCGCCGCGUCCCUGGCGGUGGUCUUCGGGCCGGACCAGGACAGUUUACGCGCCGGCGGAGGCAAAUUCAACGCCAACACCGUCAGCGGCCAGGAGAUUUUUGCAGAUUUCAAAGAGCAAAACCUGCGCAGUUUCUGGAAUAAAAGACUCGUUAAGGCCAUAGCUGAAGUAUACUUUCAGGGAUGGAUGGAAAACUUGGUGCUUUUCAUCCAAGGGAACGCAAACAACCUGGAGGUGCUGAGAGAAGCGUGGAUGCGCAGAGCUCUGAGGUCUCCAAAGGGAUUUAUCAUCAAAGCUGUGGGUGACCUGUCCCCGGUGCAGAUGUCUCCCGUCCCUCAGUCCCAGUUCAUCCCCUUGGCUGAGGUGUUGUGCUCCGUCAUCUCCGAUAUGAAUUCCUCCCAGAUCACUGUGAACCAGGAUGCACUCAUCAACUACAUGAGCAAAGCCCAUCCAGGCAUUACCAUCCCCACUCAGGACAUCCUCUACAAUGCUCUUGGCACUCUGAUCAAGGAGCGCAAGAUUUAUCACACUGGAGAGGGCUACUUCAUUGUCACACCACAGACCUAUUUCAUCACCAACAACAUGGUCCGGGAGAAAAACUGGUGGACUUCAGGCUCAGCAGACGAACCUCCUUCCCCUCCACCCAUCACUUACCUUUUGAGCAAUGAUGCCUGCAUGGAGAACACCCAGAUACCCCCAGUGGCGCACUGUAAAUCCUGCAGCUGUUUUAGCCCUCUGCAAGUAGCCCCUAAUACUGCCUCCACUACAGUAACAACCACCAUCCCUCCCUCCACUGUCCCUGACCAGCAUUCAGUUUCGGUAUCUAUAAGUGAAUGCACAGGCAAAAGCUUAAAGUGGCCACGACCGUUAGAUAACAAACCCACAGUUCAGCAUCAGUCCACCUCCACAGCAGCAGAUUGUCAGGCCAGUGAGAUCAGCAAAAAUACAGCCACCACUAAUGCCACAAGCCGCAAAGAAAAAGACAACAAAUUGGGGAGAAAAUUUGGUCUCAGUUUGUUUCGAAGAAAUGUGGGGAAAAAAGAAAAGCCAAAGAAAGAAUAUGCAUCAUUCUCAGGCCAGUUUCCCCCAGAGGAGUGGCCAGUAAGGGAUGAGGAUGACCUGAACAAUUUACCCCGUGACCUGGAACAUGCAAUCAUUAAACGUAUCAACCCUGAACUGACUGUGGACAACCUGAACCGCCACACUGUCCUAAUGAAAAAGCUGGAGGAGAGACGGGACAGGGGGAUGGACCGGGUUCUAGAAAAACCCCUGGAGAAAGAUGACAAAGGAGUGGACAAGGGAAUGUCAACUGAGAUCCUAACAUUCACUAAACACAGACAUCACCACUCGUCCAAAGCAGCGGGAGGGAAAAGGUCAGCCCCAAAGGCCUCGCGCAGCAAGAGAAGAGCCCACUCCUCCAGAGAAAAGCAGAAAGACAGGUUGAAGAGUAAGGUCCCCAUAUGUGGGGAUGACUUUCCAGAGGGGGAGGAUUUGAUCCCCACUCGGCUCAGAGUGGAAAUCCCUGUUGAUGAACCAGAUCAACUGGAAGAAGGUGGAACUGUGGAGGGUAAAUCUCUUUAUAAGAAACGCAUUGACAAUCCUUUCCAGACUCUGCCAAACAAAGACCCUGCAGAGGCUGUAAUUACCACUGGCAUCAGCAGAGAGAAUAGAAGGCGUGAGGUGAAGGAGGGCAAGGCUUCAGGGCAAGGAAGGAAGGAGCGAGCAAACCACCGCUCCAAAUCCUGGGACCCACAUCGGACCAAGAUGAUCACAGCAGAUGGAGACCAUGCAGAGAAAUCCCCUACAUCUGAGGACAGAUACAACUGUGAGAGGGACAUUAGUACUGAGAACCUCCAAACAGAUGUCAAACCCAACAGGGAGCUGCCGUUAGACUACAGCUCAGCCUACCCUCAGAGCAGUACCCUCAGGAUAGACGAUAAGGUUCGACACCAGAGGGAGGGAAUCACCAGGGAGAUUUGGGAAAGAGAUGAGCAAGAGUACAGGGGAGUAUUAGACCACAACCAAACUGCAGAGAAUAGUCUCAUUAAUACCCAUCCAUACUCUGCAGAUUCCGAUGCCAACUGCUUUGAUCCGGUCAUAAACCACUUAUAUGAGCCACCCAUGCCGAAUUCCCCUUUACAACGGAAACACUCCCUCAGACUCAGUAACCCACAGGGGGAUGAUGUUUGGAGGGCAGAUGAAUCACUCAAGCAGGGUUGUGAUACCCCAGUCAGCUCAGACAAACAGGACAGAAGAACCUUUAACACAAGGGAGCAGCAAACAGUGGUUCAGGGAGAAAGGCUGGAGCCAACAGAAGACAGCAGUGCCUUAGCAACAGACACUAAUGGCUUUAUAGAAGAUGACUAUCUGCUUUAUGAGAGAGCCGAUGAAAAAGAUGAUGAUGCCUGCAGUUCCUUGUGUCUCCAUGAGGAAGAGGUUAUUGAGGCUGCAAAGGUGUACCAAUCAGCUGUAGCCCAUUACCAUGACAACCAGCUGGUUUACCACAACCAUGAGUCUGAUUUACAAUACCAGGGAUGCCAGAGUCACUAUUAUAGUUCCAACCCUUACUUUCAACGUGUAUCUUUAAUUCAAGAAGGAAGGGAGAGCACUUACAAAAGCAUCGGACCUGCAGAGAACACCGGCAGAUCUGGGGAGACAAGCUGGAGAGCACUCCAGUUCCACCAGAGGACUAGAUCACCUGGGACCCACAGUGAACCCAACCCUAGACAAGGAGCAUUGAUCCAAGGAGACAGAAGGACUGAGGCCAGCCUGAGUUUGAACUGUCCCGAAACCUCUGAGGUUGCAGACAGCAGUAUCUUUGAUUAUUGCCAGACCAGUGAGGUAGAAUCUGACACAGAGACCAUCCGCAAGUCCACAGAUGAGUGUGAUAGUGAAUCUGCUCGAUGGGCUGGUGAGGCAGAAGAAGUACGGGAGGAGGAUUUUGAGACUCUUGGUGAAAGAGGAAUACCUCAGCCCCACAGAGCUGGUCUAAACAUGGCAAGUGGAGCCAGAGCAGCAGAUGUUGGGGAACCAGUGGAAAUGGGAGAGAACCAGAGUAUCACAGGAGACAGUGGUAUAGACUCUCCUAGGACUCGCGUCAGUCUGGCCUCCAGCAACACUGUGAUUCUGGAGGGUCUCAAGAGAAGAGGAUUUUUACAAAACUUAGAAAAACUCCACACUAAGAGCAGCGCCAUCAGACCCCAGAGCUCGCUGCUGCAGCUCACUCCUGUCAUGAAUGUAUAGGGGGCCUGGAACUCCUGCCGAAGCUUCCUAUUGGUGCUGACAACUGUCUUCAAAAGCCAAACCACAAGCUUGAAUAGUGCUAUGCAGCUGUUAAUGAUCAGAAACGUAUCCAGUAGAGGGAGGGCUUGCACUGUGUUGCUCGCCUCUAAAUGUUGACACCUUAAAACAUCAGGGGUCUGUGUACAGAUGUACAGUAUGUAUCAUUCUGUAAAUAAGAACUUUGACAGGGAAUAUACUUACUUUUUCCAUUUAUGGAUCUACAUUGUGCAUGCAUGGCUGAUUAACAGCAUUUGUCAAAUAAAUGUAGAGUUUUCUUUUUCUGUUUUGGUGAAAAGAACUCAUAACAGACAUUACUUGUGUCCUACCAUUUCCUUUUUCUCUUCAUGUAGUGAAAAUAAAACUAUGUUAGCCAGUUUA